GUGCGCACGAUAUGUCCGCUUGCCUUGAGUAGCGACAUCGCGGUGUGCUCGUUUUUCAGUGGUUUGUUGUGCAAUUUUUUCGUUUCAAGGAUUUAUUUUUACCUUUUAGGAGUUCCAAGCAAGGAUAAUCCCCCAACUCGCGAAAGUGUUUUUCUUCAGUUCCCGUCGCGAUAAACAGUGAUCCCAUUAAUAUUUAUACCUCCCGAUCGAAAUGCAGAACGUUCGAAUCCACGAACUCCAAGCGGGUUCGCGUCGCGGAAUCGACAAGAUCACGGAAGCGCCGCCGUCGGCAGGCGAUCCGGUGAAGUUGCGGGCGCUGCGACCGCGCGACAUCGAAUGCCGCGUGCCGAGGGUGAAUCCGGACAGGAGCCGGCACGUGCCGCUGGGGCCCAACAGCAGCGAGAGGCUCCUGCAGAAUUCGAUCAUCGCGGAUAAGUAUCAGUUGUUCGAGCAAGUGGAAGGCAGCUCGCUGUUCAGGUGCGCUGACAUCGCCACCAAGGAGGAGUUCGUUUGUAAGAUAGUAUCGCGCGAGAGCCAUUCCCUGAUAUCGGCCCACUACAAGCUGGACUUCCACCAGCGGAUCUCGUCGAUUCGCGAGGUGAUAGCGAGGAACCGCUACCUGUACCUGAUCUUCCCGAAAGCGCACGGCGACCUGCACUCGUACGUCAGGACGAGGAAGCGCCUGCGAGAGGCCGAGGCGAAGCGGCUCUUCCGCCAGAUCGCCGAGACCGUGCAGGUUUGUCACGAGAACGGCAUCGUACUUAGAGAUUUGAAAUUGAGGAAGUUCGUCUUCUCCGACCCACAACGAACGGAGCUCAAAUUAGAAUCGUUAGAAGAUGCAGUAGUCCUGGAAGAGCCGGAUAUCGAUUGGCUUCACGAUAAACGAGGAUGUCCCGCUUACGUUAGUCCUGAAAUUUUGAAAGCAGGCGCCCACUAUUCCGGUAAAGCCGCGGAUAUGUGGAGUUUAGGAGUAAUUCUCUACACGAUGCUAGUCGGCAGAUAUCCCUUCAACGAUUCGGAGCACGCGUCGUUGUUCGCGAAAAUCACGCGGGGGCACUUCGUCAUUCCCGAAUGCCUGACGGCGAGAGCGCGAUGCCUGAUCAGGUCGUUGCUGAGACGGGAGCCCUCGGAGCGCAUCACCUCCGAGGACAUCCUGUACCAUCCGUGGUUAGCCAAGGAGGAGAGGGACUGGACCUCGAAAGCCUGUGAUCAACUCGUGCCGGAAUGUUCCCUUUUUGACGAUUAGUUCCUCAUCUUCUUCGCCGCGCGCGAAGGAGAACAUCGUGCAAAGUGCAAAUCCUGUGCUGUGUUUUUAGGAUAAGUGUGAAAAUAUGGUUGGUUAGAGUAGAGAGCUCAAACGGGAAUUACGAGAGUAUUAGAAAAAUUUUUAUUCGAUGGCAGCUGUUUGUUAGCGAACUAGAUAGAUGGAAAUGUUUUCGGCUUGAGGUUUAAAUGUGAAAAUUGCAUCAAUUGAAUGUUUAAUGAAUAACGAAGUAUCGGAAUCUCUUCUAAUUUCAUCGACCGUACGGUUAUUUUAUUUUGUCGGGUUUGUUUUAAGAUGAAUUCAGAAUCAUUAAGAAACUUUGCUAAUAAAGUUUCAGAACGGUGCUGUACUUGUGUUGGAACAAAUCUGUAAUCUUUUACUUACCAACUAUAUUUAAAAAAAGCCAUUCAUUAGCUUUAAGAUCUUGAGAGUUGUGGUAUUGUUUACUUUUAUUUCCUUUUUUGUUGAAAAUUGUUAUGGAAAAAAAAUUUUCUGGUAUGUUUUAAUAUUUAUUUUGUUAUGUACUAAGCGUUAAUUUUUAAUCAAAUACCUGAAAAUUUUUUUGAUUCAGAUUUAUGUGAAAGUAGGGUCUCUAUUUGUUUAAAUGAAAUCCCAAAAGCCGAAUGUUAAUUAAGAGAAAAGAUUAUAUAGAUCAGUCAGAGGAGCUGAUUUUUUUAUUUAUUUCAUUGUUUUAGCAUCACGCGAAUGUUUUUAAUUGAUUCAAGACUGAAUAAGUAUUUCAAACAGAUAUAAAUUUACCAUCUAUAUGAGGAAAAUAUUCGUUUUUGAAAAAGUUUACCAAAAUUUUAUGGAAUCUCUAAAUUGUCACCAAAGUUUUAAAGAACGCUAAACUUACAAACUUAUUUUUAAAUUAACACUAAAAUAAUGUUCGUGAUGCAUAUUAGUAUUGUGAUCUCGGUCGAUGUCCCUUCGACCAUACUAUGUAUAUUUUUUUGAACUGAUCCUGUACAUAAAAUUCGUUGUAUAUUUCGUUUUUAACUUAUGCAUAAUUUUAGUUAAUAUAUAUCGUUUGUAAAAAUCAUUGUAAAUAGCUUCGCAUAUUAUGAGGAAAUAUCAUCGGUGGUAUAUUAUGCAGUUGUUCAUAAUAAUAAAAAAAAACGUUUUUUACUA